AUGCAAGCGAUCAACAACACUCGAUCAAACGCUACUCACUGGACUCCUGAGAGUAAGACAAGCAGUGCCAUUUUAGGAAUAUGCAUGAUACUGGGCAUCCCGGGAAAUGUGGCUGUCAUAGUGGUCAUAUCUACGCACAUGAAGAAGAAAAGCUACACUUUACGACUGAUGCUAAAUUUGGCUGUGUCUGACAUCAUAAGCCUGCUCACUAUGCCACUGUGGAUCAAUAACCAGUUGAAUGGCUGGAAUCUCAGUAAAGGCACCUGCAGACUCUUCAUCAUUGUCCUCUACAUUAGUAUAGUGUCCAACAUUCUGACAGUCACACUGAUGAGUGUUCAACGUUACCUGCAGGUUUUGUGUCCUCACCGAUGGGCCAGACUGGGCAGGAGAAGAGAAAAGUCUCUACUGGUUAGUCUGUGGGCACUAUCGUUUCUCAUUGCUGGACCAUAUUCGACAAUAUAUGAUGUUGUAGAAGAAGGAUGUGAGAUUUCCCUAUCGUCAGAUGCUGAGAGGUUAUUAGUUUUGGGUUUUGAGACGUUACUAUGCUUUAUUGUUCCAUUCUUCACAAUGGCAAUCUUUUACUUCUGUCUCCAUAAGAAAGUAAACCAGACUGCAUACUUUAGAAACCAAAGGAUGACCAGGGUUGUGACCUGCAUUUUGGUAGUUUUCUUUGUUCUGUGGAUCCCUUACCAUAUUUUAAAUCUUGUUGAGAUUGCUGCCAUAGCAUUGAAGUUAUCCUACCAGGACACAUCCAAGAGGCUACUUGACUUGGUAUGGCGUAACAGACACAUUGUUGAGGGCUUUGCUUCUUUUAACACUUGCGUGAACCCUUAUCUGUAUGCAUUUUCCUUUAAAAGUCUUCAUCAAAGGGCUAAACAGACAAAAACAGACAACGAUGGGACAAAGUGCUCCACUGAAAUCUAA